CUUGAGACAUGCAACAAGGGCAGGGCACACCCCUUCUUACUAUUCUCCGAAGCCUUGGAGCCGUCGGGUUGAUCAAUCAAUCAAUGGUGUGUGUCUCGCUCUGUCUAUCACACCAAUCCAUCCAUCCAUCCAUCCAUGCCUGUACACCCGCAUUCAUUGACACCGUCCAUUCAUGUGUGUGACCCUCUGUGGUGUGCACCAAGGUCAGGCAGACUGAAAGAAAGACAGACAGACAGAGACCCCCCUGCUUGAUCCAAUUGGCUUGAUCGAUGGACGGGCGGAUGUCUUGUCCUUCCUGGCUGGUUCUUGUCCAUCAGCGGAAGCGGAGCUGGUCGUAGACUGAUGGACAGACAGAGAUCACACACACACACACACACACACAGAGAGAGAGAGAGAUGCACACAAGCCAUGUUGGCCGGCGGGCGACUGUUUGCGUGGCUGAGUACUUUUGUGGCCCGGGAAGUAGAUGUGGAAGCGCACGCUCGGCAGAGCGUCGCUGAUGAAGUAUUUGUAAUGCACAGCCAGGGGAUCCUCUGUGUUGCUCCAGGUGAUCUCCUUGCUCGUGAGAAAUUUCUUGAAAGAUCCCUCAUUCUUGAGCCUUUCGUAGUUGUCGUGCGUAAUGAUCUACACCCGUCGCACAGACACACGCACAUGCAGGUUGAUGACCGCAUCAAUCACAAUCAAUGCACAGUGACACAGUCCCUUACUGACCGUGUUGGAACGAAUGCAGAACUCUCCCUUGCCAUUGUCCAGCUUGUAGGUCUUGCCGUCCACACACUUGUUCUCGCAAGUGCCCUGCGCACACACAGAGACACACACACGCCAUCCAUCCAUCCGCCCUUGCGAGCAACUCGUCGACACAGUCACCCACUGUCAGACUCACCGUGCCGAUGGUAUCGCUGCUCGGGGAGCCGGCUGCUGGUUCGUCUUCGUCGGGGACCCAGCUAAUGAACUUGACCCUGUCAAUCACACACACCUCCCCCUUGCCGCAGCCGCUGGGGGGAAACCACUUGUAGUUCAUGCCGUCCAUGCCGUAGCUAAUGGCCUUUCUGCUGGAGACGAGGAGAAUUGGCUCAAACACCACCUUGCACGUGUCGCCAGAUUUCCCCUCCUCAGUGAAGGCUGAGGCUGCAGGAGACGGAAGAAGGCCAGCCCGAAUCGAACUGUCAAGCCCAACUAAAUACAACGGAUGUGCCGACCUGUUAUGGGACGUCCUGUGAGCUGGAUGGUCGUGGUGAGCUUCUCGAGCGCCUUGACGGCAUUGCCACUGGCCGCCACAGAAUUGGCACUCGCCGUGUGUGCGGCCUCGAUGAUGCGUCUGGCCUUGCCGAGUGCCGUCUGCAGAUAGGCAGCCGACACGGACCCACCUGCAGCAGCCGUCACAUCCAUCCAUCCAUCCAUGGCUUUGGAAAGAUCUCCUUCUCUCUCACCAGAUUGCUGGAUGAAGGCGUCGCCAUCGAUAUCGUCCCCUGAGAGUCGGCAUGAGGCGUCGGACCCCCAGCUGCUCACACACAUGUACACGCGCGCCCAAGCCAACGACAUUACCAUCCACAGAAGGCAGGUAUGCACCAGAUCAACACGUGUGUGUACCAGCGCGCCGGGGGUUCCUCUCUUACCGGUGCAUCCGCCCCGUCGGGGUCUUGCCGUUGGCGGUCUGGAUGGCGGCACAGAGGCCCACCAGAAGCACCAAAGCUACGGCAAUCGCGCAAUAUCGGGUGCCGUGGCCAAGGUGAUGCAUUUACUUGGC